CUACGUAUUCAUUCGUGCUCUAGAAGCCAGUCGAGAGUCGCAUUUCAUGCGGAUCUCUUUCAAGCUGACAGGACAGGAGAACAUCACGACGCUCAAACCAUUUGACGCACGUGAUUACUAUAAAAAUGUUUUGCAACACACAAAUAAAAUCUCAGACUGAAACAAUAUCCAUAGAGAAUAACAAAGGCAAAAGAUUACAUAGUGAUGAAGAAACUAAAGAUCAAAAAUCUUUAUCUGGACUUACUCAUGAGUGUGGUGUUUUUGGAUGCAUUGCUGCUGGCGAUUGGCCGUCUCAAAUUGAUGUUGGUCAAGUUAUCUGUUUAGGUUUAGUUGCCCUACAACAUAGGGGCCAAGAGAGUGCUGGAAUUGUUACUAGUGAAGGUGUUUGCUCAAAAUCCUUUCAUGUUCACAAGGGUAUGGGAAUGAUUAACAACAUUUUUAACGACGAAAAUAUGAAGAAACUUAGUGGAAAUCUUGGCAUUGGUCAUACUAGAUACAGCACAAGUGCAGCAAGCGAAGAAGUUAAUUGUCAACCAUUUGUGGUUCACACUGCACACGGAGCAUUAGCUGUUGCUCAUAAUGGAGAAUUAGUUAAUACAGAAUCUUUAAGGAAGAUGGUGUUAGGUCGUGGAGUUGGCUUGUCAACUUAUUCAGAUUCUGAAUUAAUUACGCAAGCUCUUUGUUUAAAUCCUCCCGAAGGUGAAGUUAAUGGUCCAGAUUGGCCAGCACGUAUCAAACAUCUCAUGCAAUUAGCACCAUUAUCAUAUUCUUUAGUAAUCAUGCAAAGAGACAAAAUAUAUGGCGUUAGAGAUCCCUAUGGAAAUCGUCCAUUGUGUCUUGGAAAAAUUGUACCGAUUGGAAAUUUGGCUGGAAAUGAAUCAGAUGACGACGAUGACGAACCUGAAGGUUGGGUUAUUUCCUCUGAAUCGUGUGGAUUCUUAAGUAUUGGAGCACGUUAUGUGCGUGAAGUAUUUCCUGGUGAAAUUGUGGAGCUCACACGUGAAGGAAUUAAAACUAUAGACAUUGUCGAUAGACCAGACAAGAAGCCACAGGCCUUUUGUAUAUUUGAAUAUGUUUACUUUGCACGUAGCGACAGUAUUUUCGAAGGACAAAUGGUAUACUCCGUUCGCAUGCAAUGUGGACGAGAACUUGCUUUAGAAUCUCCAAUAGAGGCAGAUAUAGUCAGUUCUGUACCUGAAUCAGGAACUGCAGCUGCUCAUGGCUAUGCCAGACAGUCUCAAAUACCUUUCGCGGAAGUAUUAUGUAAAAAUAGAUACGUUGGUAGGACGUUUAUUCAACCUAGUACACGACUUAGGCAACUUGGUGUAGCAAAGAAAUUUGGAGCUUUAUCAGAAAAUGUAAAAGGAAAAAAGUUGAUUCUUAUUGACGAUUCAAUCGUUAGAGGAAAUACUAUUGGACCUAUUAUUAAGUUACUCAGAGAUGCUGGAGCGAAAGAAGUUCACAUUAAAAUAGCUUCACCUCCAUUAAAGUAUCCAUGUUAUAUGGGAAUUAAUAUACCAACAAGGGAAGAAUUAAUUGCAAAUAAAUUAGAUAACAUAAAACUAGCGAAACAUGUCGGAGCUGAUAGUUUAACAUACCUUUCAGUAGACGGACUUGUAAAAGCUGUUAGAUUUGGUAUGGAUAAUCGAGAAAGCAGUUACAUUGGUCACUGUACCGCUUGUCUAACUGGUGAUUAUCCUGAUGAGCUUCCCGGUGAUUUGAAUUGGUGAAAAAAUGAAACCGUAUAUACACAUCUACAGACAAUGAAUUACACAUUAUUAAACUGUGUAUUAUGUAUGCUGUUUAUUUUCAUAUUAACAAAUUUAAACAGCCCACAUAACUAAUAAUCAGUCACUACUUUACAAUUUCUUAAAAUAAUUCAGUAUUUUUAAAUUAAUUUAUAUAAGGUAUACAUAAUAAUAACAAAAGCCUUAAAAUAUUGAGAUUUUUUAAUCAUGGUAA